AUGAGUACCCAGUUCCCUCCCCCGAGCAAGCGCCAGAAGCUUGCCCAGAGUGAAAAGGCUCGCGAACAACAAGAAAUCCAGAGUAUCCCUAGCGAUCUUGGCCAUGUGAGGGUUCAGUUUGUCGAUCAAAGCACUGGCGACGCAACUGGGCCAGCCGUCUCGGUGCCGGUAGCCGAUGCCAAUGUGAAAAACCUGGAGACGCUUCUGAACACCCUCAAGGGAAACGAAGAGGACGAGCGAGUACCGUACCGCUUCACGUAUCAGUCUGAAAAAGAAGGUCAAACAAUUGACAUCCUCGCCGACGUAUACCACUCUCUUCUCCAACCCGGGGUGAAGACCACCGAAGACACGAUUUCCCUUUAUUUCACACCCCAGGCCGUUUUCCGAGUCAAGGCUGUUUCUCGGUGCGCCGCCUCGAUCGCCGGACAUGGCGAGGCGAUCCUUGUCACCUCCUUCUCACCCGUUUCCUCAUCGACGAUGGUAUCUGGUAGCGGCGACGCUACCGCCCGUAUCUGGGACUGCGAUACUGGUACGCCAUUGCACACUCUCAAGGGCCAUACGAGCUGGGUCCUCGCUGUGGCCUACUCACCCAACGGGGCCAUGAUCGCCACCGGAAGCAUGGACAAUUCGGUGCGAAUUUGGGACCCUAAGAAAGGACAAGCAUUGGGCGGCCCGCUCAAAGGCCAUUCCAAGUGGAUCACCAACAUGGCUUGGGAGCCAUACCACUUGCAGGAAUCCGGACAUCCUCGCCUGGCAUCGGCCUCGAAAGACUCGACCGUUCGCAUUUGGGAUGUAGUGUCUAGACAUACCGAUCAUGUCCUCUCCGGCCACAAGAGCUCUGUCACCUGUACAAUCAAGAUCUGGAACCCGAAAGAUGGAACUCUCCUUCAAACUCUGGCUGCGCAUGCCCACCGUGUGAACCACCUUGCGCUGUCAACAGACUUCGUGCUGCGAACAGCGUACCACGACCACACUCGGAAAGUGCCAGAGGGCGAAGCAGAGAAGGUCGCUGCCGCACGGAAACGAUUCGAACAGGCUGCCACGGUCAAUGGCAAGAUUGUUGAACGGCUUGUAUCCGCCAGUGAUGAUUUCACCAUGUAUCUGUGGGAGCCGUCGACAUCUUCCAAGCCCGUGGCUCGGCUGCUGGGCCACCAGAAAGAAGUCAAUUACGUGACCUUUUCCCCUGAUAUGUCCCUCAUUGCAUCCGCCGGAUUUGACAACCACGUUAAGCUGUGGAACGGGCGCGAUGGAAAAUUUAUUACAACUUUCCGGGGUCACGUCGGCGCUGUCUAUCAAUGCUGCUUCUCCGCCGACUCCCGACAAUUGGUGUCAUCUUCCAAAGACACAACCCUCAAGAUUUGGGAUAUCCGGACGCAGAAACUUAAAAUGGAUCUCCCUGGCCACCGAGAUGAGGUCUUUGCCGUGGAUUGGGCGCCUGACGGCGAGAAGGUCUGCAGCGGUGGCAAAGAUAAAGUAGUGAAACUUUGGAGGAAUUAG